AUGGCUGCGACUACGGACUCUCCAUUUGUCGAGGAUGUCGAUAUCGAGCGUGAGCUUGAAGCCCGCCUGAGGGGUUUGAGCCAGUCGCAUAAGUCAGGGGCAACUUCGCCCAGCCCCGAUAGCGACAACGAAGACGCACCCCUCCUACGCGCCUCUGGAGACGACGACUAUGGAAGUGCUCAUGGCGACGACCACAACAACAACAGCGAGGAGGAAUGGGCUGGAGACGCAGACUUUCGAGGCCUUCCCUGGUGGAAGCGACCUUCGAUUUACUGGCUCCUCCCUCCGUUCCUGCUCUUCACCACAGCAUUCGGCGGCAUCAUCGUACCUAAGAUCAACCUUAUCAUGGACCUGGUUUGUGAGGAUUACUACGCCACGUUGCAGACCGAUCCGAUAUCCUCACCCAUGGACCCCGGCCGAGACCGCUGCCAGAACGAUGUUGUUUCAUCGCGCUCCUCGCUCUUCCUUCUAUAUGCCAGCUUAUGCUCUGGCCUGCUAUCCGCCGUCAUCAGCCCCAAGAUUGGCGCCCUUUCCGACCGAUAUGGACGUAAGAAGUUUAUGAUUGCCAACACGUGCGGCACCCUCCUUGGCGAAAUCAUCACCAUUCUCGCAGCAAAGUUCCCGGAAACCGUACAUGUCAACUGGAUCCUGGUUGGAUAUUGUUUGGAAGGCAUAUCUGGAUCUUUCAUUGUUGGCAUGGCUUGCGCGCAUUCAUAUGCAUCCGACGUGGUUGCGCCCCAGAAGCGAAACGUAGCUUUCUCAUACUUUCACGCAUGUCUGUUUGGUGGUAUUGCUAUCGGACCUGUUCUUGCCGGGUACAUUAUCAAUGCUCGGGAGAAGGUUGUGGGCAAGACUGAAGCUGUGCUUCUUAUCUUCUACAUGGCCUUGGGCGCGCAUCUGUUCUUCAUUGCUUUCCUUGCCUUUUUGGUCCCCGAGUCGCUUAGCAAAGCACGACAGGAGGCUGCUCGCGAGAAAUACCAGGAGGAGAUUGAACGACACGAACCAGCAGCCGAUUGGAUCAACCAGUUGCGUUCUGUCAACCUCUUCGGCCCUCUCAAGAUUCUCUGGCCUACCGGUCCUGGCACUUCAUCUGCCGUGCGCUGGAACCUGGUUCUGCUCGCUGCCACAGAUACCAUCAUGUUCGGCGUCGCAAUGGGUGCCAUGAGCGUCGUGCUCGUCUACACCCGUCGCCAAUUCGACUGGCACGAAUUCGAAUCCGGGCGCUUCACAACCAUCGUUAACAGCUGCCGCGUCUUCUCUCUCCUUGUCAUCCUACCCGUCCUCACCCGCAUUUUCCGCGGCAAAAACGGCGCUGCUCGCACCCGUAGCUCUGGCUCCGACCUCUUUGAUCUCUCCAUCAUCCGCGCUGCUAUCUUCUUUGAUAUGAUGGGAUAUCUAGGUUUCGCAGUUGUACGCAAGGGCGAGCUAUUUGCGCUUUCUGGUGCUCUGGCUUCCAUCGGUGGUAUCGGAUCGCCUUCGCUGGGUGCAGCCUUGACGAAACAUGUGCCGCAGGAUCAAGUCGGUCAGUUGCUUGGUGCUACGGGCUUGCUUCAUGCUGUUGCGCGUGUAAUGGGGCCUACUAUCUUCAACGGUAUAUACAGUGCUACUGUUGCAACGUAUAGACAGACAGUGUUUGUGUCGCUUGCGGCUACGUUUGGGCUUGCGUUCAUGUGUAGUUGGUUUAUUCGUCCGCAUGUAUAUAUCGGCGAGGAGAAGGGGCGCGAUGAGAGGGUUGAAGAACCAGAGAUCUAG